AUGCUGACACGAAAAGCUAUCCAGGAUUCAGAAACUUGUGUCGCACGAGAGAUAACUCACGAUCUCCUGAUCGAGAUUCUGGCGAGAUUGCCUGCGAAAUCGGUGUUGAGACUCAAGUGCCUCUCAAAGUUUUGGUCAUCCUUGUUCUGCUCCAGAUACUUCUGCGACCGUUUCUUUAUUGUCCCAUCCCGACCUCAACCUCGUCUGUUCAUGUCUUUAUAUUAUCUGGCUUGGACUGAUAUGCACACAUGUGUGCUUGUGAGUUUUGACAUGAGGUCUGAAGAGUUUGAUAUGAUAAAAGUACCUCGCAAGCCUGGAGAUAUAGGACCUAGUCUUAAGAAGAGGGUAACUCUUAUAGAGUAUGGUGGCGGCAAAAUUGCGGUAUUUGACUUCACCUAUCUCAAAAAGACUGGUACUGUGGAUCUGUGGGUUGUGGAAGAUUGGAGGAACAAGGAAUGGUCAAGUAAGACUCUGGUUUUGCAGCCUUCUCAGAUGUAUUUAGUCACUGAUAAUAGAUUAACGCCAAAGGGUACAACUCUUAAAGACAAGGUUUUCUUGAUACCGGAAAAAUUGGUUUCUCCCUUUUACUUUCUGUGCUAUGAUCUGCGAACCAAUGAUCUGAGAAAAUAUGAGAUCAAAGGCAUACCCGAUCACUGGUUUAGUAAGCCUGAAGCGACCAAAGAUUUCGACAUGGAAUUUAUGGAUUCAAAUGGGAGCAUCAAAUAUUUGGAAACUUGA